CCACAUGAAGCUGAAGCCAGGAAAUUGUGGUUGCCUAGCAAGUUUCACAUCUACGGUGCAAAGUUUGAAUACGUGUUGCUCGGCUCCUGUCUGUGCUGUUAACUUAUUUUAAAUUACAUUUUCCCCGUCGAGGUCCAAUUGGCAACACUGACGGUGCAAGAUGUCGGUCGCAGGAUUUAAGAAGCAAUUUUACAAAGCAAGUCAGAUGGUGAGUGAGAAGGUUGGAGGUGCAGAGGGAACCAAGCUGGAUGAAGACUUCAAGGACCUUGAGAGGAGAGCAGAUGUCACCAGCAAAGCAGUGGUGGAAGUCAUCAAUAAAACAUCAGAGUACCUCCAGCCCAACCCAGCAACGAGAGCUAAGCUUUCAAUGCUCAACACAGUGUCCAAAAUCCGCGGGCAGGUGAAGAGUCCAGGCUACCCCCAGCCUGAGGGACUCCUGGGGGAGUGUAUGACUAAGUAUGGACAGGAUAUGGGCUAUGACACCAACUUUGGUGGGGCUCUAAUAGACAUUGGGGAGUCAAUGAAGAGGAUGGCUGAGAUCAAGGACUCUCUGGAUAUUGAUGUGAAGCAGAACUUUAUUGACCCACUGCAGGCAGUCGCUGAGAAGGAUAUUAGAGACAUUCAGCACCACCUGAAGAAGCUAGAGGGCCGCCGUCUGGACUAUGAUUAUAAAAAGAAACGUCAAGGUAAAAUCCAAGAAGAAGAGAUCAGGCAGGCCCUGGAGAAGUUCCAUGAGUCCAAAGACAUGGCUGAAAGCUCCAUGCACAACCUACUGGAAACAGAUGUGGAGCAGGUGAGUCAGCUGUCUUCUUUAGUGGAGUCUCUGCUGCAGUACCACAGACAGGCCUCGCAAGUCCUGGAGGAGCUUUCUGACAAACUGAGAGAAAGGGUGAAUGAUGCUCAGUCUCGUCCGAGACGUGAAUACACACCGAAACCCAGACCAGCCUUUGACUAUGGAGAGGUAGAAGACUCUAACGGAGGAUACUCACCAGCUGCAACAAGCCCUCCAGCUUACUCUCCUGCCCCAGCACAAUAUCCAGUUCCAUCCUUCCAAAGAACCUCCAUCAAGAGCAGACCGCGUGAGCCAUGCUGUAAAGCCCUGUAUGACUUUGAGCCAGAGAAUGACGGAGAACUGGGCUUCAACGAGGGCGACAUCAUCACCUUGGUCAGUCAGAUCGAUGAGAACUGGUUCGAGGGAAGCCUUCGCGGCAAAUCAGGAUUCUUCCCCAACAACUACGUUGAAGUGGUGGUACCCCUGUCACACUGAAAACAGCAAGGCAAGAGGGGGACAGCAGGAUGGAAAGGAUAAAAAGGGGGGAUGAUAGAGGAUUAUCAACUCUCAAUAAUCAAAAUAUAUCUUUUCUUUACUGUAAUUAAAGGGUAAACAUCUCAAGACAUGGACCUGAUUUUUGUAUCUAGGAGUUAUUUGAGUAAAGAGCUUUUUUUUUUUUUAAUUCUGUCAGAUUAGGUCGAUAUUUAAUGGAUUUUUAAGGACAGAGGGAUGUUCAAUCAGAAAAAUGACAGUGUAAUGUUUGGGUGCAUUUACCAUAUCCUGAGUCCUUGCAUUCAUUCUCUAUGCACCUGAGUACUUUGUACACUACACCUCUAUCACUGAGACUGAUGAAGAAAGAUCAGGAGAGAAUGACCUCUGUAAUGACAUGUCCAGCAGUAUCCCCAAACACUAAGAAGUGCAACUACUUAAUUCUUAACCUAUUUUAUAUUCACAAGAUGACAUUUCUUGUUCAUGUAUUGUUCAUAUUGGUACUACACACAUGCAUGUAUAUGCAUGCUUUCUUCUAAGUAGGUUUCUACACUCCCAGUUUUCACUUCUGUGCCUUCAGGCUUUAGUACUGUUGUCAUCAUGGACUAGUUGGAGUCAACAUGGAGGACUGGCUGCCUUUUGUCCAUGUUUGAGACUAUCCUCCACUGCCACCUGGUGGAACUAUAGAUCAUUCUUAGCUAUUGGUUUAAGGGGUACCAUCACAUGGCUUCUGAUUUCUUACCAAAUCCACACUGGGUGGCUUGUCUUAUAUAAAAAUUUUAAAAUAGCUGGAGCCAGUCAGCAGGUAACUAGACUGAGUGCUGUAUUAAAUGUCUUUUUCAUUCAUGCACUACUGCUGAUCAGAAAAACUCUUGGUUUACAAACAUUAGCUAAGUGUGUUCGCGACAAAAAAAUAUUGUUUUAUAGUUGGUUUCUAAAGAGCUGGAGGGCGUCCAUAAAUAUGCUUAGCUAUAUAACAUUUAUCACACUAAUAGUCGCUAAGUUGUCAGUGAUUUAAUUUACCUACAGCUCUUCCAAUGUUUCUCACUGCACUCCACUCUUCUCUUAGAGCUGAUGCCAAAGAAAGGGUGCACAAAUUCCAAAAUUAGGCUGCUGUUUGUCAUUAAAAGGAAACCUAUUUCAUACAGCCUAUUUACUUCACAUUUUAAAGAAGAAAAGCAGACAUUUGUUUCCGUUACAGUGCAACCCACAACUAUGUAACAUGAUUGACCCCCACACCAAAUAUUUUGCAGCAUUACACCAAAGCCAUAUGCAUGCAUCUUUCAGUUCCUCUAUUCUCUCAGGCUCUAUUGAUACUGCUGGCAGUGUCACUCACAAUGUUUUGUGGCCUUUUACCCAACUGUUUGUCAAUGAAUUUUCAGUCUGUGAUUUGUUUUCCCCCCUUAGUGCCGGGGUAAGCUUGGCUUUAGUAUUCUAACCUAUAAUUUGGAGCAUGGAAAUUAAUCUGAUGUGUUUUGGGUGUUUUUGUACCUGCCUCAGUUUUCAGGCUGAAAGAAAAUGCUAUCUCCAAACUAUUGUGUUCAGAAUUUACUAUUGUGUUCAGAAUUUACUAAUAAUGAAGAAGGCCUGUACACAAUAGCCAGUUUCAGUUUCAAUUAAGCCUGUUACAAGCUGACUAUGAACUGUGAGGGUUUGUGCUGUUCACUAAAAUGCCAACUUUCUCCUCUUGUCAUGAUCCCCUUGUUAGACCGCCCCCCGCCCCACUCAUCUCUCCCAUCUCUGUUUAAACUGGGAGCGGAACAGACAGGUCUUUUCAGCAGGGAAGGGCACACAGCAGUGGAUUAUACCCUCCCUCCCCCACUGGUCUUUAUUCACCACCUGCCCCUACCCCUUUCUCAUUAUCAGCCCCAUCCCUAUCCCAUGGAGCGUCUGGAGCUCAGUCUCCUGGUCCACCCCUGGAAUAAUCUCUUUGUUAUCAUAGUAUGUGCCUCUUAAAUGUUAUGUUUGCAUGCCUCCUAUCUUAUCCAUGUUAUGUAUAGGGCCAGGGGCUUUGGCUGUGCAGAGUAAUAACUGUGGUUCAGGUGUGGGUUUACAUGCCUCAUUACACUAAAUCAAAAGCCUAGAGUUGGAGAGUGGAAAGGAGGGUCAGGGGUUCAGGUUGAGCUAUUAUGGAGCUUUUGUAAUAUUGAUGGUGAAUAAUGUCGUGGAACAAAGGGCUGAGAUCAAUUUGUGUGCUGCUGCUGUCAAAGCUGAAAUAGUUGUCUGAAUGCUGCGACUGACAUUGAUUGCAACACUACAUUCUGUGAUGGCUUGUAUUGCAUCCAUACCUGUAAGUGUCUUGACUUUGCAAUAUUGAUGAAAGAAGUAUUAUCAGACUGUAAAGCUUUAUUUUAUUAUGCCUAAUGUUAAUGGAAUUGUCUCUGUUAAAAUGUAACUGCUUUGCAUGUGUCUUCAUUACAGCUCUUGUGUCUUAGGCAAUGCCUUAUUUUUGUAACUGUGACACUGUGGGGAGACUAAAAGUGGGAUUAUCCUGGAUUAUCUUUAGGAUAUAUGGAUUACCUCUAUACUAAAUGUAAUCUUCUGUGUAUUGUAUAUUUUUGUUACAAUGUAAAGGGGAAUGGAUGCUGUUCAUUCACUUAUUCAAAUAAAUAUUAUAAUAAGUA